GUUGGGACAACUACCAUGUUAAAAACAGUACUGUCUACACAUGCCCUAAAAUAUUCCGCGGUGAUUCUUGUUUCCCUGUUACAUAUAUAGGUGCAAAUCAAAUCAAAUUAUUCUACGAGACUACAUAUAUAAUCAUGGCCUUGUUCAUAAGUAAUUCAGCGGAAAAAUGUUAUAUAACUAGAGAUUAGAGAUAUUAGGAGGAGAAGGAGAUCGAUGAUGUGGAGGUAUUGUGCAGAAAAAUGGUAUUUUCCUCUCCUUGUGAUGACAGCCAUUGAUUUAGCAUUUGCAAUUACUAAUAUACUUCUAAAACAAAUCAUCAAUGGCGGGAUUAACCUUUUGGUCUUCAUCACUUAUCGUCAGUUGAUCUCUUCUCUUUCUUUGGCACCAAUUGCUUACUUCCUCGAGAGAAAAAGCAGACCGAAGCUCAAGUGGACAAUUUCAUUUCAGCUUUUCUUAAGUGCCAUUGUCGGGGCAUCCGUGACGCAAUAUUUGUUCCUUCUUGGUAUUCAAUACACAUCAGCAACAUUCUCUUGCGCUUUCCUCAACUUGGUUCCGGUGCUCACUUUCCUCAUGGCAUUGCCUUUUGGAAUGGAGAGUGUUAGCAUCAAAAGCAGUGGAGGAAAGGCCAAAGUAAUUGGAUCAAUGGUGUGUAUAGGAGGAGCAAUAUUUUUAACUCUUUAUAAAGGAAUGCCUUUGAACAUGCAUCAUCAUUAUGAUCAUCAUUCUAUCAUUUUUGAUGAUUCAAAAUCAAUGAGCCCAAGAGAAAAGAAAGAGAGAUGGAUAAAGGGAUGUGCAGCUUUGUUUGGGGGAACAAUGAUGUGGUCAUCUUGGUUCAUUCUUCAGUCAAAGAUUAGCAAGAGAUAUCCUUGCAAUUACACCUCCACAUCUAUCAUGGCUUUCUUCAGUUCUCUCCAAUCUGCUCUCUUAUGUUUCUGCAUCUACCGGGAUCUUUCCAUCUGGUUUCUCAAACCAAAUCUCGAGAUGUUAACCGUCAUUUAUGCAGUAAGCAAAACGUUUUAUUUUUAAUAAUAAAAUCUCACGCUUUCUUAUCAGAAUAAUUAGAUGAUUAUAAGUUUUUGAACAAAUGUAUUUAAUUUGAAAUGUAUUGGGUGGGAUAAGUAACAUUUCCGUUUGUUGUUUUCUUCACAAUGAUAUUUAUUUCAAUAUUCUAUAAUUACGAUUUACUAGGAGAAUUUACUUAAUAAAACUUUGGUUAUAGGGGAUGGUGGGUUCUGGAUUGUGCUUUGUAGGGAUGACUUGGUGCGUGAAGAAGAAAGGCCCAGUUUUCACAGCAGCAUUCAGCCCCUUUGUCCAGAUCAUUGCGGCCAUAUUUGAAGUGCCGCUGUUUCAUGAGCAACUCUAUUUGGGAACCUUAAUUGGAUCUUCCAUUGUUAUUGUGGGUUUAUACAUGCUUCUUUGGGCUAAAAACCAUGAAGCCCAGAUUUUGGAACCCAAGGAGACUCCCAGCAAACAAUUCCAAAUCAUUCACGUUAAUCAUGAACCUAAUCCAGCUUAGGGAAAUUGUAUGGAUAGAUAGAUUUGUUUUAAUUUUCGCUUUAAAAUUGAAAAGCUAUUGAAACAAGUAUUUUGAAUGUAAGUUCAAAGACAAAUUUGAAUAACAGCCUAGUGAUUAUGAUUUUGUACUUCCUGAUACUAGACGGGUUCAAUUCUCACCAAAGGGUUUAUAAAGUGAGUUUUACCCACAUUUAAGUGAAGCUAUCUUUUCAAAUGUAAAAUUUCUAUUUUUUUAAUUUUUUUUUUGAAUAUGUAUGGGAUUUAUUUUAAAAUAUAUAUAUGAAAAAGAGUUCCGUU